AGAUCCUGGCAAGAGUUCCCACCUACCGCCUGGGUUUCCAUAGCAGCAGUAAACAAACCCUCCCUCUCCCUGCAGGUCCCAGGCUCCUGGAGCCGCUCACAGCUGGGUCUCUGAAGAUGUCGGAUGAGGAAUUUGAUGAUGAGUACAGUGCCAACGAACAAGAAAAGGAGGGAGAGGAGGGGGAGGAAGAGAAGGAUCCAACAGAGGAGGAGGAGGAGAGCUUGUCUCCCCACCUUCUUACAGAGGAGAUCAUGAAGGAAGGCCUCUCCCUCUUGUGUAAAACAGGCAAUGGCUUGGCUCAUGCCUAUGUGAAACUAGAGGCAAAGGAAAAGGACCUGACAGAUAUCAGCCUUCUCCAGAACUACAUUCACUUGCGUUAUGUGGACUUGUCAGAGAACCAGCUGCGAGAUCUGUCUCCUCUGGGCAGCCUCACCCACCUUCUGUGGCUGAAGGUGGAUGGGAAUCGGCUGAUCAGCACCCGUCUCCCAGAGCUGCCUUACCUGCAGAUUGCCAGCUUCGCCCACAACCGCAUCAAGGACACAGAGGGUAUUACCCAUCCACGCCUGGGCAGCCUCAACCUUAAAGGGAAUGAAAUCCAGGUGAUAUCGGGUCUGGAUCCAGGGAAGCUGACAAACCUGCACACGGUGGAGCUGCGAGGAAACAAGCUAGAAACCACCGCAGGGCUGCACCUGCCCAAGCUCAAGAACCUUUACCUGGCCCAAAACUUCAUUACCCACCUUGAGGGCCUGGAGGAACUGGUGCAGCUUACGACCCUGCAUCUGCGUGACAACAGGCUUGUGACUCUGGAUGGCUUCUCUAAGAGCAUGAAGUGUCUGCAGUACCUCAAUCUGCGGGGGAACGGGAUUCUGAACCCUCAGGAGAUGGCAAAGCUGCAGGUUCUGCCCAUGCUGCGGGCACUGGUGCUGAUGGACAAUCCCUGUUCUGAUGAAAGUGAAUACCGGAUGGAGGCUCUGGUGCUGCUUCCCCGUCUUGAGCGUCUCGACAAGGAUUUCUUUGAGGAAGAUGAGCGGGCAGAGGCUGAGGAGACACGGCAGCGACACCGGGAUGAGGAACAGGAAAUGGAGGAAUCUGCCCAAGGGGAAGUGACUGAGUGACACCCUCCAGUUGCCCCUAGAGUCCCUUAGAACUCUGUGGGGCAGGAGUAGGUUGGCCAGGGAGCAGGACUAGUGUCUACGGCUCCAUGUAUUUGGCCCUUAGAGACCUUUCCUUUGCCCACACUCCCUGUCUCUCCUGGGAGAAGUUGGUGUCAGACACCCCUCUGUGCUGCCUAAGGGAAUGCAGCUCUAUUGCAGUCAGUACAGCACAGGCUCUGCUCCUCAGAGGCCCAAGGAGAAGGAGGGACAGUUAAGGUUUGUGCAGUUUGAAUUGUGGAGCCUGAAGCUCCUGCAAUAUUUUCUGCUUUGAAUAAAAAGAAUUAAUGAA